ACUGCCAUCUGUUUAGAUCGCACGGCUGACGUUACUUUCAACAAAAGAACCUCCCCCAUCUCGCAGGUUUAUGUCUCCUUUAAACCAAAAAAACAAAACAAGAGAGAGAUAGAAGAAAAGGACUUUCCUCUCGCAAGACACAACCGGCCAGCAUAAUCUAAUGAGGAGGGAAGUCACAGGUUCUUCUUCACAGCUCGCCUCUCACUCUCUGAGUUUCCAUUGGAAGAUGAUCUUUUACUUUAAAAGUUAAGAUCAUUCUCUCUCUUUAUCAUAAUUCUCUUCUGACUUGCACAGAAAGAAUCAUGAUUUCCCAAGACAAACACCAGCAGGGCAAAUGGGACAGAUGCCUCAACAUGGGAAAAUUUGUACCUUUCAUGUUAUCUUCUCUGUUUAUAGCCACCAUUUUCGGCCUUUUCCUCCUCUGUUCUCCAAACCCUUUUACGAUUAUAUCCAAACAAGGCCUUGAUUCCGUCCAAAAACAACCGCCAACCCCCAUGCAAGCCCAUGAGUCUGUCCAAGAAGAACAGCAACCUGAUCAUCUCAAACCCCAGAAAAAGAAGGAUUGUGACUUGUUUAAGGGUCAUUGGGUUCGAGAAUCAAGAGGGCAUUUAUAUACCAAUUCAAGCUGCACGACAAUUCCCGAGUCAAAGAAUUGUUUCAAGAAUGGGAGGAAAGACAUGGAUUUUCUCAAUUGGAGAUGGAAACCUGACGAAUGCGAGCUCCCACGGUUUGAUGCCAGGAGCUUUCUACAAAUUGUACAGGGAAAGAAAAUGGCAUUUAUCGGUGACUCGGUUGCCCGAAAUCAUAUGGAAUCCCUUCAAUGCCUUCUGUCACAGGAGGAAAUUCCAAAAGACGUUUACAAGGAUUCGGAGGAUAGGUUCCGAACGUUGUACUUUCCUCGCUACGACUUCACCCUUAUGGUGCUUUGGAGCAAAUUCCUUAUAGUCGGCGAGGAAAGAAUGAUAAACGGCACAGGAUCCAGCUUUUUCGACUUGCAGAUUGACAAGGUCGAAGACGAGUGGACUAAGUACCUCCCCGAUGUAGACUACGCUAUCAUCUCAACUGGGCAUUGGUUCUUCCGAGUAUUGUACCUACACGAAGGUGAGAAUACGGUAGGAUGUGUUUACUGCCAUGAACCAAAUGUCACUGACCUCAACAUCGACUUCGCUCUUCGAAUGGCUGUUCGAACGACGUUGAAGUACGUCAAUGGCUGCAAGAACUGCAGCACUCGCCUGGUGACUCUGUUAAGGACAUUUGCGCCAGCCCACUUUGAGCAUGGGACUUGGAAUACCGGAGGAUACUGCAACAGGACGACUCCUCUUAAUGAGACGGAGAUAGACUUAGGGAAUUUUGAGUGGCAACUGAGGAACGUUCAGGUAGAAGAAUUGGAAAGAGCAAGAGAAACAGGGGAAAAGCAGGGGAAAAGGUUUGGGUUAGUUGAUGUUACAGGGGCCAUGCUGAUGAGACCUGAUGGGCACCCUGGAGAACACUGGGGCAACAAAUGGAAAGGAGGCUACAACGAUUGUGUCCAUUGGUGCAUGCCGGGCCCUGUUGAUACCUGGAGUGAACUUUUUCUGGCAGUUCUGAGAAAGGAGGCAGAGGCAGGGUUGAGUUCUUGAUUGAGGGUAGUUAGAGCAAUAUAAAAGCACACAUACCUUUGUCAUAAUAACAUUUCCAUUUUUGUUCAUAACGGCAUUAUAUAGUUGUUUGAGUUGAAAAAUAUAAGCAUGCCAAUGAGAAAUAAUCCUGGAAGAUUAAGAUUUGUUACUGGACGAUCAAGGUUCUUGCUUGCGAUUAUAAAAAU